AUGCCGCCGGGCUCUAUGGAGUUCACAAAGUUCGGUCCGCCGACACUUCGGAGCUCUGGAUCGCAACGGAGACAGACGAGAAGUUCCUACGCUCAAUUACCGUCAACCAGCCCGAAAAAGACGAUGAAAGAGUUGAAAACGACACCGAAACGUCGGAAAUCUGAUAUUCCCGCUGCUCGGACAAAAAAAUCUUCGGAAAUGAUGGAAAUAGAGCGGGAAACCGAUGACGAGGAAGACGAAGAAGAUCAAAUGGAGAUUCAGGAUUCUCCAGAUUUGCCAGGACCUUCAACGCCCGCUACCACAACCGUUCCGGCGAGUAAAGUGUCGAAAAAGAAUAAAAAGAAGAAAACAGAGCUCCUCGCCGAGGUGUAUACACAUCGUCAUUAUCGUCUAGUGCUCUCCGGAUACGAUCAAGACGCAGAUAGUGAUACAGAGCUAGCAGAUGCCUCCCAGGGGGCGGUUAUUACCGAUAAUUGGCGCCCCGAAUACAGUUACGGAACACAAGAGCUCGCCGAUCCCGACAAUAUUCCCCGCAUCGUUGUCGAAGAUGAGGAUUUCUUCCUAAAACCGAAAGAGGAAUUCCAAAUUCCUGAAAAAAUGAUCGCUUGCGAUCGAAAUGCCGAAUAUUUUGAUCUACGCACUCAUGAAUUGGUGCCGACGCGAGAUCCCCUUCAUUAUGAAGUCACCGCCCAUGAUAUUGCGUGGUUGGAGAUGCUUAAUAAGAAGCGAAAACUGCUCGACGGCGCGGUGUAUCUCUCCCUUCCCGAUUUCAUCCGAAUCAUUCAAUCACUCGAGAGGGACACAUUCGUCGGAAUGCACAAUAAACUAUUGGAUUGUCUUCACGUCGUCUACACUCGUCCUCCAGAAGACGUCAGUGGUCCACAAGCAGAAGACGAUACAGAAUGCGACGUUUGUCGAAUAUCUGAAUGUGACGUCAACGAUGAAAUGGUGUUCUGUGAUAUGUGUAACACUUGUGUCCAUAUGCUAUGCGCUGGGAUUCAACAGCUCCCGGAAGACGGAAUUCCGUGGAAAUGCGCGAAAUGCGAGUACACGAACACACCGGCUCCGCCGUGUCAACUGUGUCCGGCUCUCGGCGGAUCGAUGACUUAUAACGAGACGAAAACCGAGUGGGCUCACCAUUCAUGUGCUCUUUUUAUACCUGAAAUCAUGUUUGAUAGUGAAGACUGUCGGGCGCCAAUGUAUGGGUUUGAGAAUGUGCCCGAGGAGCGAUUCAAUCAGAUUUGUUGUGUUUGUGAUACACGGCAAGGAGCGUGUGUGACGUGUAGUGAUCCGGAUUGUGAGGAGACGUUCCAUGUGUGUUGUGCACUUCGAGCCGGGUGUACCAUUAAGAUACAAGAGGUCCCAAACGAUCCACAACAAAACGUGACACGUGUCACUCUCUGCCAUCGUCACUCCGCCCCCCGAGCCGAUCUUAACAUUGCCGAAGAAUUCUUCAAAGAGCGAAAGCCGUGGCUCGCCAAAUGGGAGUCCAUUUUCUAUUUGAUGACAAAUUACGAGAAAACUGCUGAAAGUGUGAACAUGGACGAAAUCAUCGUAUCGGACGUGUACGAAUACUGGAAACAGAAGCGACUCGACGCCGGUGGUCCCCUGAUUCCGCACCUUCACGAUCAAAUUCGAAUCGAGCCGAAAAUCGAUCGAGUGGCGAAAAAAGCGGAAGAAAAUUUGCAAUUCUUGCUGAAUAAAGCUGGAAUCUCGUCGGGACGGAGUCCAUCGUCAGACGAGACGCAGUUUUUUCGGCCGGCGGCCCUAAUGGUCACUGAAUCCCGCCAAAUUCACCUGAAGAGGGCCGCCGAUUGUAUUGAAAGAGAUUUGGUCAUGUUGAGAUUAGUUGAGAAUCGAGAAGUCGUCAAGAAUAAUUUGAUUUUGACGGAAUUGGAGCAAUUUCGAUUGGCUCGAAGAAUUCUGGACGAAAAGAGGGAUUCAGAAGACGUUGGGGAGAUUCUGAAGGCGACGUUGGGGAUUCAGAAUCCUAAGAAUCCGAAAAAUCAGAAUCGUAAAGAGUUGAAAAGGGGGCUCAAAGAAUUUUUGAAAAAAAUCAAAAAUUCUGAAAAAUCAACGACGACGGAUUCCGAUUCAGAUGACGUCGUGGAGCCUCCGACGAAGAAGAAUCUCAGAAUUCAGAAUCCCACUGUACUCCAGAAGGCGCUUCAGAAGACGUCGCCCCAGCAGAAUCCAGUUCAUCAGAAUCCCCGAAUUCUGAAGUCCCUCCCACACCACGUCGAUCGACAGCUCAACGUCGUCACCAGAAUCCAGGCUCCGCCCCCUUCACAAUUCUCACCAGGGAAUCAGAAUCAGAAUCCUCCACCGCCGCCCCAGAAUCCGCCGCCUCUUCACCACCACUCUCAUCAAAAACAACACCCCCGCCGGAAUCCGUUGAGGGGUUGGACGACGACGACGACGACGACGUCGUAG